GUUGACGAUGACGAUUUUGGCAAUAAUGAAUGGGAUACUCGCCUUAUUUCAGGUAAGUUCCUUCGUGCUCUUAUCGAAAUUUCCCGCGGGGUACAUGAAAACGUUCCUCAUCGGUCAAGGGGUAGGAGGAAUCUUCAGUUCAGCUCUCCAGGUCCUCUCAUUGGCCAUAGGAACUUCUUCCGAGGCUUCCGCUCUCAUUUACUUCACGCUGGGAAGCAUCUUAACAACAGCAACUCUGGUCCUCUUUUACGUCAGCAAAAAUGUCUGUUACUACCAGUACCAUAUAGAUAACAGCGUGGAAGACACUAAGAGGGAUAUUAUAAAAGUACCAGAGCUGAUGGAGGUGUCGACUAGGAUUUGGUCUAGUCUAGUAAUCGUGACGGCAAGUGCUUUGGCUUUUGUGCCCACCCAUCCGUCAAUCGCUUCUUUGGUGGUUUCGGAAUAUUACGGUCAAGGGAGCUCUUGGAAUGAUAAAUAUUUUGUAGCUGUCAUAACUUUUCUAUUCAGUGACGUGUGCGCCUUAAUAGGAAGGGUACUAGCGGCAGCUUUCACAAAGACUUUAAGUGGACCUUGGCUGUCGGGCAUAGCUGUCUUAAGGAUGAUACUAUUCGUACCGCUGUUCAUUUUUUGCAACGCCCUACCACGGCAACAUCUUCCUGUUUUAUUUCCGCACGACUGGCAGUAUAUUUUAAUAUUGGGAGGUUUUUUCAUUUCCAGCGGGUACCUGUUCAACAUUGCGUUUCUAAAUGUGACAAAACAUGCACCUGGCAAAGAAGAGACUGCCUAUCUGCUACUGCAGACUUGUAUUGGAAUAUUCGGUGCUGUUUUUUCACCUGUUGGCGUAGUUUGCGUUUAUAUAUUAUGACGUGUAGAAAAUAUGUCUCAAUAAAUGUUUUUUUACAUAAAA